AUGAAUGGAGGUUUCGUGGUCGCAUUGACUGCCACAGCCUCUGGCGCGCAGCGGAAAGCCGCACUUGAAAGAUUGCGCGCUGUUCUGCUCUCGAGUCGGGACUCAGAUGCCGAGUUUCAUCCCAGCACGCUCGCGCUCCCGGCUGUGGACCUUCCGGUCGCUGACUACGGCGCGGCCCGCGCCGCUGUUAGAGGUUGGAUCAGCGCUUACGACAAGGAAGACGAGUGGGAGCCCGGUGUGAGGCGGGACGUCUUUGUCGUGGUCCACGCACCAGCAUUGGAUUCUUUGCUCACCGACGACCGCCCGCUUGGGUGA